UAGGGCCCAGCCUUCCUCCGGGGUGUGGUUAGGCCCGGCUUGCUGCAGCGUCGGAGGGAGAGCAACGAGAGGCAGCAUCCGGAUCAUGGCGUACUCUGGGCAUCCCGGCGCCGGAGGAGGCUACUAUCAGGGCGGGUAUGGAAGUGCACCAGGAGGGCCAGCUUUUCCUGGACAAGCUCAGGAUCCUUUAUAUGGCUAUUUUGCUGCAGUCGCUGGGCAGGAUGGGCAAAUAGAUGCUGAUGAACUUCAAAGGUGUCUGACUCAAUCAGGAAUUGCUGGUGCCUACAAACCUUUCAACCUAGAGACAUGCAGACUCAUGAUCUCCAUGCUUGAUAGAGAUAUGUCUGGCAUGCUGGGCUUCAAUGAGUUCAAAGAGCUCUGGGCUGUGCUGAAUGGCUGGAGGCAACACUUCAUGACUGUGGAUACUGACCGAAGUGGUGCAGUUGAUUCAACAGAGUUGCAGAAAGCUCUAACUGGGAUGGGGUACAGAUUGAGUCCUCAGGCAGUCAAUGGAAUUGUGAAGCGGUACAGCACUCGAGGAAAGAUCUCAUUUGAUGACUACAUUGCCUGCUGCGUUAAACUCAGAGCUCUCACUGAUAGUUUUCGAAGAAGGGAUCAGGCGCAGCAAGGCAUGGUGAACUUUCAGUAUGAUGAUUUCAUACAGUGUGUCAUGAGCAUCUAAUUCGAGCCAGAGGAAGAGAUGAUGAGCAUGACCCACAUUCCACUUCGUUUUGUUUUGCUUUGCACCAAAAACUAUCAUGUGUAACUAAAUGGUGGUAUUUGCCUAUUUUAUAAUUAUUGAUUUAUAUGCUUUUAUAGUUUUGAUAACUAACUAAAGAAGGAAAAUUAAAUAAAUGCCAUUUUAAGUUGAUUUGUCUUGCAUAUUUAUAAUCUGCUUGAUGUAAAAGUAAAAAAAAUGUUGUUUGGUUUGAUCAUCUCUUCCUGUACUAUUUUGAAUUGUUCAUAUUGGAAUGUGCUUUGUACCUUUCCCACACAAGUGGCUCAAAGUAGGAAGGUGGGUAUAUAUUAAAAUUAGUACGUAAAAUGGAACUUGACUCUAGAAACCAUAUUUUGAAGCCUGAAAUUAGCUGAACCAUUUUUGCUAAUAAUUAAGGUGUUACUUUUUUAAAAAAUACUCUUUGUACUUUUUAACAUUGCUCCUCUUGAUUCUUUAGCUAGCAGUAAAUGUUAGGUUGUUAAUCAAUUCUUUUGCUAUGGUGCUGAUCCUGAAUUCAACUCUCCUAACAUAAAAAAGAGUGAUUUGCAUCCUUUUGAGAACAUAUACACAUGUAAGUUCCUUUACACAAGUGUGUUCUUUUGGGGUGCAGAAGGGAUUGUUAUUUCUUUCCCAAAGCCAACCCCCUUAACAGCCUAUAAAGUGCCCUUCAAGGCAACUCCAUGUUUUGUGGGAAAUUAAUAGGAACAUAGGGACCCCUGUCUCUAUCCCUGUAGUUAGAUGUGAAAUGAUGAAAUCAAUGUUGAAACCCAACAGGUGUCCCCAAAGGUCUCAAUGCUCCUAUAAUAAUCUUGUGCCUGGGUAUGAGCAUGUAGACCUGGGCUUUCCAAACAUUUCAUAUUAGUGACACACUUUUUAGACAGGCAUCAUUUUGCAACACAGUAAUUCAGUUGUCCUUGCAAACCAUAAGUUAAAUCAACCCCUUGCAAGAAAUACAGACCUAUACAUUGUAAAAAAAAUUUUCGUGUCAGGAGUGACUUGAGAAACUGCAAGUCACUUCUGGUGUGAGAGAAUUGGCCGUCUGCAAGGUCGUUGACCAGGGGACAUCCUGAUGUUUAUGUUUUGCCAUCCUUGUAGGAGGCUUCUCUCGUGUCCCCACAUGGGGAGCUGGAGCUGACAGAGGGAGCUCAACCCGCUCUCCCUGGAUUCGAACCACUGACUUUCCGUCCCUUUGAUAAUUGGAUUUUGAAAAAAUUGGCUUGUUGUGGAAACAUGGAUUAGGAAUACAGCUUCAGUUGAGACACCUUUUCCCCAUGAUAACUUUUCCAGGAGUGAAUUUCUCUUCCAAGGGGUAGAUUUCUCUCAUUUCCUGUUGUCUCACUCCCAUUCUUAACUAUGAGUCAGAAGUCAGAUGUUUGUAACUUGGGGACUGCGUGCAUAUGAUUAGUAAGGUAAUACACAUUUCUAAGAUUUUUGUCAUUUUUCAUGGGGUUCAGAGUGACUUCAAGCAAGUCCAACUUUGAGUCUCAGAGGAAGAAAAUGCAAAUCUCUUUUGAACAAACUUUGCCAAGAAACUGUGACAGGUUUGUCUGAGAUUAGAAGUGACUUGAAGACUCACAAGAACAGCCUCACUGAACAUUGGUAGAGAAUGAAAUUUAAAUUAGGGAGGGAUUUUCUUUAUAGAAGAGUUGGAUAACUCUGGCCUUCCAGAUGAUGAUGAACUACAACCCUUAAUUCCUGUUGACUAAGAGUGAUGGAUUGCAAUCCAAUGUUUAGUGGUCUAUAGUCGCUCUCUACCGCUUUAUAACAUGAAGAACACAACCUUUGUGCCAUGUUCCUUAUUGCCAUAGUAUUUCCGUUUGAAUAAAAUUCUUUAUGAAUUA